AUGGAACCUUCAAGAACUGCUGCUCAGGAGGCUGUGUUGUCGAAGAAGUCAAUAGUACUGUAUCCAGCAGGAGAAGGUAAUGCAAAGGUUGUGUUGGUAAAGCACUACAUUUCACCAUCUGGUAGAAAACACAAAAACCUUAAACCAGCAUUCACGGACACUGAGGGUUAUAGUGUUCCAAGAAGAGCCUGCAAAAGAAGGAGCCUUGAGCUGGUUGAUUCUAAAGAACACAAAGAACAGUACCCUGCUGUCAAAAGGAGAAGAUCAGUGCAACUUGGGGAUUUGAAGAGAACUGUAGAAAAUCUUUCAUUAUUGCAUCAAGAGAGAGGAAAGUCUCAACAUCCUUGUCUUGUUUGCAACAACAAUUUCCUUCCCUGUAGGCAUGAUCAAGUUAGGACCAACAGUUAUGACACUCAAAGCCAACAUGGGCAUUCUGAACAGAGCUGUCAGCCAUUAACAGAUGAAUUGCUGUCAAAAAUAUUUCAAAAUGAAAGGCUGAAUUUCCAAAGUGAUGACCAGCAAUCCCAUGGUUUGUGGAAUAAUAGCUAUGACCAAGGUAUAGUCUUGCUACCAGAGAAUUGUGUGGAUAAAAGAAAUAAGGAUGAUUUGCUGGAAAUACCCAUGCAAAGACAACUUGAUAAGCAUAAAUCCAUUUUUUGUACACCACAGCAGGAGACACCACAAGUGAAAAGUAAUGGCAAAUGUAAGUCUUUAUUUGCAACUUAUCACUUAAACAAAAUACACAAGUCUGUUGUCGAUGAAAUAUAA